AUGUAUCUCAUCAGUCUCGCUGCUCUCGUGCUGCUGAUGUUGGCCUCCAUUGCUCACGAGCUGGCCCCCUACCAAUGGAGGCACCAAUGCCCACAGCUCGGUCCUCUUUUCCCUGGUCCUCGUAACCUCAACGAGAACAACAAAGUUUCCGGGCUCGAUGAAUACCUCAAAUCAAAGGAAUUCUUCAACACCUCCGUGGCUCGCUUAUCUGGAGCGUGGUCUGAGUUGCCUGGCAAUGAUCCUGUCUGGACGCAAAUGGGGAAGUUUCGCGACUACCUAAGGGAAACUUUUCCAUCAACCCAUCGUUACCUGGAUCUUGAGAAUAUCAACGAGCAUGGUCUUUUAUACACAUGGAAGGGAAACAAUCCAUCGCUCAAGCCAACUCUGCUCCUGGCUCACCAGGACGUUGUACCGGUGCCUGACGACACGAUCCUCGAAUGGACGCAUCACCCUUUCAGCGGCGAUUUCGACGAAACGUACGUCUGGGGUAGAGGUGCGUUCGACUGCAAGACCACACUCAUCGCGAUCAUGUCAACUGUUGAGGAAUUGCUCAAGGUUGGCUGGAAGCCCCAAAGAACACUGAUACUCGCGUUUGGCUUCGAUGAGGAGAUAUCCGGAUUCCAAGGAGCCAUGAAAAUAGCUCAACGUCUCGAGGAGCAAUAUGGGAGGGACGGGAUAGCCUUGCUCAUCGAUGAAGGCCCUGGUAUACAGCAUCACGUGGGAACUGGCACAACCUGUGCCACUCCGGCGUUAUCCGAGAAAGGCAGCUUCAACGCCAACAUUUCUGUUCACAUGACUUCCGGUCACAGCUCAUCCUCAGAUGGUCACAAUUCCAUCACCGUGAUGUCUGCUCUGAUCGGCAAAAUCCAUGCUACUCAAUUGCCUGCCGAACUUCAAACGGAUGAUAUUUUCCUGCAAUCUGUUUUCUGCGCAGGGCAGCACGUUCCUAGUUUGCCACCGUCUGUUAUCGGCCACAUCCAACGAAUCGACCAGAAUGAGUCAGUCAUAAACGACAUUCUCCAGAAUAAGUCAGCCAUGAAAGAAAUUCCCCAGAACAUCAGGAUUCUGCAGCCAUUUUUGAAACCACUUGUUGGAAACAAACGGACUGUGGCAAAAGUCGAAGGUGGGGUCAAAGUGAACAUGGUUCCAGAACGGACGACAUUGUCAAUCAAUCAUCGCCUGCUACUAGGGACCUCUGUUAAGGAAGCCAAGAGUGCUCUCGAGAAGAUCGUCAAGAAACACAUUGAAAAUAUCAAUGAAGUCGAGGGAGGAACCAAUCUCACCUUUCGCGGCUGGUCUGAGGAAGAGACUGUGAAUUCGAUCAAGUUGACUGCGUUUCCUGGAGAACUAGAGGCCUCGCCAACCACGCCUUUCGCCGUUGAUGGCCAGACUCCAUACGGUGUCCUCCAGGCAACAAUCCGAAGUUUGUACGAUGACCAGAACUUGACAUUUGUGGCUCCAAUACCACUGCCCGCAAACACCGACUCUCGCCACUACUGGAACCUCACGCAACACAUCUUUCGUUUCAGCCCAGGGCAUGACAUGACGGAUCCAACAGAUAACUACAUUGGAAGCGGAAUACACAACACCAACGAGCGUGUCAAUGUUCUCGGACAUGUCAACGGCGUGAGAUGGUUCUCAUUGUUCAUACAGAACAUGGACAACGCAGACUUGAUAUAA